GGACGCAGGCCAGCGCGUCGCGCCUUUAAGGCGUCCGCAGAGCCGGGCCGGGAGCGGAGAGCCGCGCGGGCACCAGCGCUGCGGCCGGACCCGAGCCGCGGACUGUGCGGGAGCCGGGACCGUGCGGCGGGACCCAGGCGGCGGAGGUUAGGUCAGAAUUUCAUUUUCAUCUUCUACCAGAGCCAGUAGCAGUUGGGAAAGAAGGCCGUGCUCUUUGAAUAGCGCCAGCCAGCCUCGAAGAGCAGGAUGGACCUUGACGUGGUCAACAUGUUCGUGAUCGCGGGCGGGACACUGGCCAUCCCCAUCCUGGCAUUUGUGGCCUCGUUUCUCCUGUGGCCUUCAGCGCUGAUAAAAAUCUAUUAUUGGUACUGGCGGCGGGCCUUGGGCAUGCAGGUCCGCUACGUUCAGCAUGAAGACUAUCAGUUCUGUUACUCCUUCCGCGGCAGGCCUGGGCACAAACCGUCCAUCCUCAUGCUCCACGGGUUCUCGGCGCACAAGGACAUGUGGCUCAGCUUGGUCAAGUUCCUUCCAAAGAACCUGCACUUGGUCUGCGUGGACAUGCCAGGACAUGAGGGUACCACCCGCUCUUCCCUGGAUGACCUGUCCAUAGACGGGCAAGCCAAGAGGAUACAUCAGUUUGUGGAAUGCCUCAAGCUGAACAAAAAACCGUUCCACCUGAUAGGCACCUCCAUGGGCGGCAAUGUGGCCGGCGUGUACGCUGCUUACUACCCGUCGGACAUCUGCAGCCUGUCUCUCGUGUGCCCUGCGGGCCUGCAAUACUCAACGGACAAUCAGUUCAUACGACGGCUCAGAGAACUGCAGGACUCGGCGGCCAUGGAGAAGAUCCCGCUGAUCCCGUCCACCCCGGAGGAGAUGAGCGAGAUGCUGCAGCUCUGCUCCUACGUCCGCUUCAAGGUGCCCCAGCAGAUCCUGCAAGGCCUUGUGGACGUUCGCAUCCCUCAUAACAGCUUCUACCGAAAGCUGUUUCUGGAAAUCAUCAAUGAGAAGUCGAGGUACUCCCUCCAUCAGAACAUGGACAAGAUCAAGGUCCCCACGCAGAUCAUCUGGGGGAAGCAAGACCAGGUGCUCGACGUGUCCGGGGCAGACAUGCUGGCCAAGUCUAUCCCCAACUGCCAGGUGGAACUUCUGGAAAACUGCGGGCACUCUGUGGUGAUGGAGAGACCUCGGAAGACAGCCAAGCUCAUCGUCGACUUUUUAGCUUCUGUGCACAAUACGGACAACAACAAGAAGCUGGACUGAGGCCCCGAGGGCCGCCUGCCGCCCGCACGCCACAUCCGCUCCCAUCUCCAAAUCGGACGCAGCCGCCACUUCUCAGGGAUCCUGCCCCAACAGCGUUCCGCGCGCCAGCAGCCCUGAGGAAGCCGGUGCCCUGCCCUCGUCAGAUCCACAGAGCUUUGGGGGCUACGAAGAAAUCUCCAAGAUGUUUUUUCACAAAAUAGAAACUCAUAAGGAACAAAGGAAGAAAACCCAGCCUUGAAACCUACCGAGAAGUCUUCAGGUUCAUUCGCAAAGCGGUCACCUUGAACCACAGUCACGGAGGACAUCGUCUUCUUUAAAACGCUUUUUACAGACUGAGACUGGAGGGACUGCUGUUGCUUCAGAAGUUCUCCCCUGCAUGGUCAGUGGCUGUUUUAGGAGCAUUAGUCCCCAUUCGCCGAGCCCCUCCUGUUUAUGUCUUAAGUUUUACAUGGAGACCCAGAUGUGAAUGCAGACGUCAGCUGCAAGACCCGGCUGGAAAGUGGCAAGCUGCAGAAGAUGUUUGCACCUGCAGAGGGGCAUUGUUCCGCCUCGGCCAGCCCUCGGAGCAGCAGAGAACACACCUCACCCGUGGGGGGUUUGGUCAGCCCCACAUGUCAGCUGUGCCACGAGGGAACUCAGCCGCAGUGUGAAGCACACCUGGCAGGGUGGGUUUCUGGGAAUACUUUAUUUCUUAAGAAUAGGUCUAAUGGUCUGGCCCAUGUGGCUCAAUGGUUGAGCAUUGACCUAUGAACCAGAAGGUCACCGUUCGAUUCCCCAUCAAGGCACAUGCCCCAUCAGUGAUUCUCAUCAUUGACGUUUCUCUCUCUCUCUCUCCCUCUCCCUUCCUCUCUCUGAAAUCAAAAAUUUAAAAAAAACAACAACACUAAAGUCUUUUUUAAAAAAUAGGACUAAUGAAGCAAUAAUGUUGUAGACACCUAUCUAAAUAGCCAGUCUCGGGUCCUAAAUGAUCAGACACAAGCACCUCAUGGGCCUCUCCUAUGUGGCUGUGCUACUGAGAACCCUUGGAUGUAAAAUACCAGUGAGAUAAUGAAUUCUGUGAAUUCUGUGCUCGAGCAUCAGUCUAAACAGCUGUAAAUGAUCAGAGUGAUAUGAAAUAAACAUAAGAAGUCUAGAUCAACAACAUGCAGACAGCUACUAUUUCUAAGCUAAUUAUGUGCGACAUAGGCAGAUUUUCUGUUACCUGGGUUAAGUGUGUUUUAAAGUCAGGCCUAUUCUGCCCUGAUCCGUGUGGCUCGGUUGGUUGAAUCAUCAUCCAGUACACCAAAAGGUUGUGGGUUCCACUCCCAGACAGGGCACAUAUCUAGGCUGCGGGUUUGAUCCUGGGUCGGGGCAUGUACAGGAGGCCACCAAUGAAUGUUUCUCUCUCUCAUGUUUAAAUUUUUUAUCCAGUUGAAGUGGUUUGUCAAAAUCAAAGGGCAAGAGUCAUCAAGCUGUCCUCUUGACGCUCUUCUGUUGCAUUUGGGAACCCUAACAUCCCCAGGAGCUUCCUCCACUCUUCCAAACCUUUUUACAGAGAAGCUACAGCCAAGUGAUUCUGUAAAUAAAGUGAGAUGAACUUAAUAGCUUAA